AUGCAAUUUUCCAAUAUUCUAAGUAUAAUAACACUAGCUGCUGCUCCAAUUUUUGCUCAACAAGUAUCUGUCUCUUGUGAAACAGUUCCAACCGGCGGUACAGUUGAAGCAACACCAUACUCAGUUUCUUCAGCAAAUGAUUUACACAACGGUGUUCCUAUGGUUGCCGUCAUUGAGUAUUACAAGUCAAUCACAUACGUCAGUGAUUGUAAUCCAUCAACUAUCACUACUGCAACAGCAUCAAUUGAAACACAAGUAUUUGUGUAG